GCGCGCGUGUGCGGGAGGGGGCGGGUGGGGAAGGAUCGCCAGCGAGAUCCCAAGGCGAGGCUCGCGCUCGCGCUCCCGCCCCCGCCCUGGCCCCCAGCUCCCACCCGGUCGGCCCGGCUCAGCCAUGAUCAAGGCGAUCCUAAUCUUUAACAACCACGGGAAGCCGCGGCUCUCCAAGUUCUACCAGCCCUACAGUGAAGAUACACAACAGCAAAUCAUCAGGGAGACAUUCCAUUUGGUAUCUAAGAGAGAUGAAAAUGUUUGUAAUUUCCUAGAAGGAGGAUUAUUAAUUGGAGGAUCUGACAACAAACUGAUUUAUAGACAUUAUGCAACAUUAUAUUUUGUCUUCUGUGUGGAUUCUUCAGAAAGUGAACUUGGCAUUUUAGAUCUAAUUCAAGUAUUUGUGGAAACAUUAGACAAGUGUUUUGAAAACGUCUGUGAACUGGAUUUAAUUUUCCAUGUAGACAAGGUUCACAAUAUUCUUGCAGAAAUGGUGAUGGGGGGAAUGGUAUUGGAGACCAACAUGAAUGAGAUUGUUACACAAAUUGAUGCACAAAAUAAACUGGAGAAAUCUGAGACCUUUAUCUUUCAAUCUCCCAGACAGGACAGGUAGACAAGGUAUUGCUGACUUUGAGAAAAAUGUACUUUAACAAAGGGAAAGCAAAAUGAUGUCAAAGGCAAUUAAUUAUUUAGGCCAGACUCAAAAAUUCUUUGUGUUAAUGAACCCAUAUAGUCCCUGUAGCCUAUUUUCCAUUCUAGUUUCUCCUUGUAGUUUAUUCAUCUUUUAUUGGACUUAGUGUAUUUUACUAGUAUAUCAUUGAUGUCAUGUUUGUUCUGUUUUGUCUGCCUGCAUUGUAAAAGGAAAGUUUAAAUUUUUUGUUCUUUUUUUUUUAAAACAUUGUCAUUUAACUGACAAAUUACAUUUGUAGAAAUGACAAUUUACUUUGUAUGUAAAUCAGAGUUUAUUUUGAGCAUCAUAUGGCAGAACCUUAAUUUAACUCUCACAGAUUUUUUUUCCCCACGUUUCUAAAUUAGGAUUCUAACAUAAAAUUGCAUGCUGGGUUUUGGAAGCUGUGAAUUUAAAAACCAAAAGCUGAACCUUUAGAGAUUAGCAUACAAAGUGGGAACCGGUAAAGGCUUAGAACAGUGACUGUUAAAUAGUCCCCUUCCCCCCACCUAAUGGUUUUCAGUUCCAAAGUCUUAACAAUUGCUUUUGCAGUUUUGACUAACAGGUGAAUAUUAGAAGUAGCCAACAAAAAGUAAGAUCAGAAAUCUUCUAAAAUAGAAAUAAAUACUCUAAAACAUGGAAUUAAGUAUAUUGACCAAAAUAAAAUGGAUUUUCACUGUAGCAACCUUCUGAUAUCCAAACAUAUCAUAGUUAAGACUCAAUAAGGUAUUGUAAACCCUGAAAAUUUUUGCAAAGCAUAUUGGCAAAAACUGGAAGUGUUUUAAAUAGACUCCUAGCCCUACAAAACUAAAUUUUAUCUGCUAGUUCCUGUGCAUUUUUCACACCAUAAGUUACCUGUGUGAAUUACUCUUUAAACAUUUCCAUGUAGAGAUGGUGAUGAACAACUUUUUUGUACAAAGCCAUUACAAGAAAAUGAAAAUGUUCAUAUACUUCCAUUUAAAAAUUUCAAAAUGAAAAUAGUUUAUUGUGUGCCAUGCAGGGAAAAAAUGUGUAAACUUAACAAGCUAGAUUAACCACUUUAGUAAUUAGAAAAAUGCCACUGGGAAUUUGGCAUUGCUUUUUAGACACUAAAUUACUACUUUCUGGAUGUGUUUAAGAAGCAGCAACAUACAGGUAGCUUUACAAUUUCUUAUCCCGAGUUAGUGGGCUAUGUAUUAUGAAGCUAGGGACACCACUUUUGGACCCUGCAUCUGUAUUGCUUUAUCCUGGGAAUAGAAAAUAUGUAAUGGUCUCAUUUACUCCAUUGAUCUCAGUCACUGCCAGUUUCUAUGUCCAGUCUUUAAUUUAUGUUAAAUUGCUUUUUCUACCAAAGAACCAUCAAUCACUUAGGUCUUAUAACUUCCAUCACUAGAACUAGUAAUUUGCUUCUAUUUUCAAAGAAUAGAGAACAAGAAAAGCGGCCCUAAGAUACAGAUGUUGGAAAGUCAGCUUGUGAGUUGGUUCUGCCCCUCUACUUUGACAUGCACAGUUACUCUCUUAUUCAAAAUUAUGAUGAGGACCCUUGAGGUCACUUGUGAGGGUCAAAACUAUUUAUAUUAAAUCCAUAAAUGACAUCAGUCUGCUAUAUUUAUUUCACACAGGUAAAUCCUAUGCUAGAAAUUAAAACUAUAAUUUAAGAUUACAUAAAAUGACUAGUACUGAAAGGUUUAAAAAUUUUUAAAUAUUCUCAUUUUGGUAAAAAUUUUCAUAAAAUGCCAUAGUUCUUGCUUACUAGAGGACCGUCAUCAGCAUUUCUAAUCUGUUUAUAAUUGCAGUAUUAAAGCACUGCCUUUAAAGCAAAGAGCAAGCCUGUCCCCAGUUUAAAAGUUAUUCUGAAAAAAAAAAUUAUUCUGCCUUAAAUUCAGAAAUUAAAAUAUUGACAUUUUCUAUUCUGCUCAAAGCAUGCUUUCAAAAUCUGCCAUUAUUUUAUUAAUGAUUUUGAGUCUGAAACCAUUUAAUACUGUGUUUAUUAAUGUUGAUGUUCUUUCACUUUGCUGUUAGGUCAAAAUUAUGAAUGUGCAUAUAGCAACUUCCAGCAGGAUGGGUGGGUAAAGGUUUUAGUAUGUACAAAUUAUUUCAACUACCAUCUUAUUAUGCUAUAUAUCAAGCUUGAAAAAAUAUUUUAAGAUGGUAGGAUAUUUUAUGUGUUAGAUGAAGUAAAUAUCUAGGUUCUUUCCUUUUCCCUUGGAGAAAGCUAAUUGCUUAUUGCAUGAGGAAAAGGGAGUCUUCAGAUUCUUUGAAAUAUAUUUUAGUAAUGCUGCUUUUUCAGUUUCGCUUGCACAUAUUUUGUUUAUUUUUGGGUCUGGCAAUUUAAAAACAAAAUCAAAAACAAAUCAUAUCCAUCCAUUACUAUCUUUGUGAUUCAAGUGCUUGAAAUUUCUGAGAGUAUGUCUGUAUAAGUCUUCUGUUUGGCCUCAUUUUGGUAUACUUGCAGACUUCAUUUUGUUUUCUUUCUCUUAAUUCUGUUAAUUUAUUUAAUCUCAUGGGAGAGAAAACAUGACCAUUCUUUUAUAUACUGUACUUCAUUCUUCCAUCCGAUUCAUACUCUUAACUGCUUUGGAUUCAUGUAUUUGUUUUUGUUAGUGGAGUUGCUGCAGUUUACCUGCCAUGGUGGUGCUCGAGUAUAACAACAUAGAUGGAAACAAGUUAUUUCUCCAGUAGGGUUUCAUUCUCUUUAUUUCUGCUUUAUGUCAACUGUGUAAUCUUAAAUCUAUAAGAACUAUGCUGUACUGUCAGAAGUAUCUUAUUUUUACAUUUUAAAUUGUACAUACCACUAACAAGUCAGGUAAACUUAAUUUCUGUAAAUUUUAGUGUUCAAAAGAAUUGUGUUUAAUAAAUGUUAUCUUGUUGUUUUGAGUAUAUCUUACUAAAAAAAAAAUCUUAACUAAGAUGAAAAUUCCUUUAUACCUUUGUGUUGGCAAACUGAUUUCCUAAUGGCAAAUUACCUCUUUUACAUUUUAUUCUUUAAUAAAAAUGUUUCAGACUUCACGUUCACGGAAGUCUGAAACUGAAAUGUGUUUUAUAGCAGUUCUGGUGUUAACUACCUGAGUGACAUGAAGUGGUUUUUUUUUUAAGCCCUGAGUUUUUGUAUAUAAACAUUGACAGCUCAUGUAAGCAUCUGAGUAGCGAUCAACAGUCCUUCUCAUAUUUUUCUUUACAUUUUAUAUUCUACAGAAUCUGAUUUCUUAAAAUGUUAGUUUAAUUAAAACUUAAUUGAAGUACACAUUACAAUUUUUAAAUUUCCUAUCAUUUAAAUUUGUGACAUACUACACAAAAGUAUUGAACAUGCUUGAGAAAUAAUUUGAUUCUCUUAAUUCAUUUGCGUGUUCUGAGUAGUUACCAUCCUUUGCAUGUCUAUGGCUUGCUGCUUAUGUUUAGAGAAAUUGUAGUUUGUUGACUUAGAAACUUCUUUUGGUUUUACAUAAUAUGAAUUUGGCACAUGUAUGCUAUUGAAAUCAAUUGCUAUAUUGACUUUAUGUAUUCUCAUUAGCAGCUAACAGUCAACACCAUCUGUGGUCACAAAGAAACGACUUAAUCUAAUGAAAUUUAACAGGAUGAAGUUUUAUUCUUUAGUUUAGCUGCUCAUGGUACAGGGUAUUAUGGAAAAGAAGGCUUCUUGACAAUGACAUUUUAUACGAAAAAAAGUGUUUUUACUACUUAUGUUAACCAUAGCAUCCAGUAAAACAGACAGACGGACACACACAUACACACCCUACCUUUUCUCUCUUUUUCUCAAUAAUAAAAUCCUCUAAUAAUUCAUGCCUUUUAAAAUGUUUAUAGUUAAAUACCUUGUCAUUACUUUUCUACAGCCUACUCAUAAUUAGCACCCUGUAUAGAAAUUCCAAAGUAGAAAUAGUGGCAAAUUGAUUUUUUAGUUAGAAAAAUUAUAAAAUCCUUCUACUGGAAAAAUGAUACUUAGUUCCAGGUUGUCUAUAAGUUUGUAAAAUAAUUUUUGUUCCCUUGGAAACAACAUACUUCCUAGCAAAAGGAAGCUCUUUGAAUUAGAGUCUUCUCUGAUUCUAAACCAUUCUAAAUUUUGGUAGCUAAACACUGAACUUGAAAACAUCAAGUUAAAGAUCCUUUUGAAUAUGAUUCAUGCUACCCUAAAUAAUAUUCAUCUAUAUCUCUAACAUCUUUUUGGGGGCUGUUGGAGAGAGGUUGGGCAUAACAAAAACUGCAUUGCUUCAGGUAGGUAUAAAUGUAGAGGUCAAUCAAAUUUUUAGUUAUACAUCAAAAAACAACUACACUCCAUUAAAUUAUAAAAAUUGAAUUCUCCAACCCUAUUCAGUCUUUAAUUGGGUAUGGAGUUUUUCAUCCAUAUCACCCUUAUCAUUGCCUGUGUGGACCAUAUAUAUUAUUAAAUACUAUUUUACUGAUUUUUCUAUUAUUUCCAAUUCUAACUUGAUAAUCCAUGGCUUUUAUUUCAUUGCUUAACAAUGUUUGUAUCCUUUAUUCAGCAAAUAGUUUACACUGGCCUAUUUUGUAUCACUCAAGAUUUUUCUCAGGUAACAGCUUUAUUAUUAUUAUAUUUUUAAUUAACGAAAGAGGUAGGAUUACAUGAGAGAAAAAAACUAAAUUACAAAAAGGGACAUUAAAACUAAUCUUUCUGAUUACAUGGACACUGUCUCAUAUAUGUAAUCUAAGCAAAGUAGAAGAUUCGUUUUUGUUACGUAAUUGCUUUUGUGCAAGAUAAUAUAUAACACUGAAUUCACAUGUGUUCGUUGGCUUUAUUACAUAACCUGAAUAAAAAUUGAUGAAAUCUAAUUGGUAUAUAAAUUAAAUCGUAAAAAUAUGAAGACUGUUGAUGUAGCUAUUUGAGAAAAGUGAUAUAUAUGCAUUUUUCUUUUAUUUUUAAGCAUAUUUUCUCGCAAAAUUAUUUCACAAAUUAUAAAUUUUCCAACUAAGAUGAAAGCCAAAUAUUGUACACUAAUGGUAUUGGAAAUUUUAGAAUUCAUUUAUUUAUAUAUAUAUCCUACCUUUUGCAUUUAUGCUAUUCUUUCUCUAAAUUUGUAUAUUGUAAACCGAACAUAUGUUGAAUCUACUUUAUAUGACAAAAUAAUUUUAAUCAUUAUAUUUUUACUAAUUCAUUGAAGGGUUGGAUUGAUCCUCUUCUUGCAGUUUCAUUUUUAGGCAGAACCGUUCUCUUUGGAUUGAGGCUUCACUUUAUUUUUUUUAAAUCUUUAUUGAAUUUGUUACAAUAUUGCUUCUGUUUUAUGUUUUGGUUUUUUGGC